AUGAGGUAUUCACUUUCGCUUGCCCUGUUGGGCGUCGCGGCCGUCACCGUCGUCGCACACCCUCACACACCGGGCAGGCAUGGAGUUGAGCGGCGUGCCAUUGACCUGGACGCUUUCCGCCUCCAGCCCACGGCCGAGUACGUCCCCAAGGAGGAGGUUCCCGACCAGUCCAGCCUGGCUUUCAUCUCCAACGACAACUAUGUCGAUGUGGCCACCGACCUCGUAAAGAGCGUUGCACCCGGUAUCGAGUUCCGUGUUGUGGGUGACCACUACGUCGGUACCAACGGCGUAGCCCAUGUCAACUUCAAGCAGACCGCUCACGGCAUCGACAUUGACAACGCUGACUUUAACGUCAACGUUCGUGAUGGCAAGGUCUUCAGCUACGGCAACAGCUUCUUCACCGGAAAGAUUCCCGAGGAGAGCCCCCUGAAGAAGAGGGACUUCAGUGACCCCACUGUCGCCCUUACUGGUGCUACCACCGUCCUUCAGCUUCCCAUCAGCGGCGAGGCCAAGGCUGAGGCCAAGGAGGGCACCGAGACUUACACGCUCAAGGGCACAUCUGGUGCUGUCUCGGACCCCGAGGCUCGCCUUGUCUACCUUGUCAGGGACGACAGCCUCGCCCUGACAUGGAGGGUUGAGACGGAUAUUGAGGACAACUGGCUGCUGUCAUAUGUGGACGCCAACAACAAGGAGCAGGUCCACGGUGUUGUCGACUACGUCUCGCACGCCUCUUUCCAGGUCUACCCAUGGGGCACCAACGACCCCCUCGAGGCCGGCGCGGCCCGCGUCACUCUGACGGACCCCUGGGACAAGGCCUCCUCGCCUUUCGGCUGGCUCAGUGAUGGAACAAGCACCUACACCACCACGCGAGGAAACAAUGCCAUCGCCCAGUCCAACCCUAGCGGUGGCACCGCCUACCUGAACAACUACCGCCCUACCAACGCGAACUCCAUCUUCAGCUACCCGUGGACCCCUGCCAUGUCGCCGCCCAGCUCGUUCGUCGACUUCUCGGCCACGCAGCUCUUUUACACGGCCAACGUGUUCCACGACCUGCUGUACAAGCUCGGCUUCACCGAGGCGGCGGGCAACUUCCAGGUCAACAACAACGGCAAGGGCGGGCUCGGCAACGACCAGGUCAUCCUCAACACCCAGGACGGCUCCGGCACCAACAAUGCCAACUUUGCCACUCCUCCCGAUGGACAGAACGGCCGCAUGAGGAUGUAUAUCUGGACCUACACCACGCCCCAGCGCGACUCCUCGCUCGAGGCCGGCGUGGUCAUCCACGAGUACACCCACGGUCUGUCCAACCGCCUGACCGGCGGGCCGUCCAACAGUGGCUGCCUCAGCGCCCUCGAGGCGGGCGGCAUGGGCGAGGGCUGGUCCGACUUCUUCGCCACCGCCGCGCGCAUCAAGCAAAACGACACGGCCGACACGGACUACCCCAUGGGCGAGUGGGUGGCCGCCAACCCCAAGGGCAUCCGCGCCUACCCCUACAGCACCUCGCUCACGCGCAACCCCCAGACCUAUGCCACCACCAACACCCUCAGCACGGUGCACCCCAUCGGCAACGUCUGGGCCACCGUCCUGUACGAGGUCCUCUGGGCCCUGGUCGGCAAGCACGGCCUCCAGGUGUCCACCUUCCCGACCUUUGACGCCAGCGGCGUCCCCACCUCGGGCAACUUCCUCGCCCAGAAGCUCGUCCUCGACGGCAUGGCCCUCCAGCCCUGCAACCCCAACUUUGUCCAGGCCCGCGACGCCAUCAUCGACGCCGACCAGGCCCUGACCGGCGGCGCCAACAAGUGCGAGCUCUGGACCGCCUUUGCCAAGAGGGGUCUGGGCAGCGGCGCCAAGUACGCCGCAAGCAAGAGGAGCGUCGAGAGCAAGACCAUCCCCGCUGGCGUCUGCUAG